GAGUUGAUCGCUUGUGCACAUCGCCAUGGCACAGCGGGGACGGCAAAAGACCAAUCCAGAUCUUUCUGCAACACAUUCAACGACAGCGUCAACGCUUCUCUUCGCGCCAGUGGACGAUGAUGACAACGAUACCAUGAGCUCGCUCUCCCUUCAUGAUGAUUCCCGUCCGACAGCGCUGCAGCUUAGUAGCAACAUUGAUAGUACCCAUUCACCAUAUAUACACCCAACCCACCAGGCGACAGCUUCAACGUCCACCUUUAACGUUGGUGGACCUACUGCUACCGCGAACACUCCAACGGCGGGCUCUACACCCACCAGUACAUCAACCCAAACAAUGCCUGGUACACCUCGCACCGCCUCUUCCCGGAAACCUUCUUCUUUGCGCCACACCUCCACCGCAGUUCCUGCUGAAUCCAUCUCCUCCUCCAUCAAACGACGUGCAUCCUCUCCUUCUGCCAGGGAAGGUAAAUACCCUCCAAAAACCCAACAGCGCGUUCGCGCCACCCCACGUCUGCCGCACUCCGACGAUCCCCCUGCACCUGCAACCGCACUCUACUGGUCACGAGCUCCAAUUCAUGGUACCCUCCCCAUGCGCGCGUUCAGGGCUCAUACGGUCACGCUUGUAGACCAUGUUGCGUGGUUGUUCGGAGGAUGUGAUGAUAAAGGCUGUUGGAAGGAUGUGUACUGUUUUGAUACCGAUACAAUGCACUGGUCACAUCCUGACACCCUCGGCGACGUUCCACCGCCCUGCCGCGCCCAUACUGCUACUCUCGUCGACCGUAAAAUUGUGAUUUUCGGUGGGGGCCAAGGCCCAGUGUACUACGACAGUACAUAUAUAUUUGACACUACUACGCGUUCCUGGUUCUGUCCCUUGUUUCCUCACUCCCAAUCCCCGUCGCAGAACCCUGAAUCGAACACUGAGGUGCAACCGCCGGCAUCGCAAUCGCAGAAUCCUUCAGAGAGGCCCCUCCACCCAGCACCGCGUCGUGCCCACACGUCUGUCCUCUAUAAUGGCAAAAUCUACAUCUUUGGGGGAGGAAAUGGCCUCACAGCUCUCAACGAUCUAUGGACGCUUGAUGUUUCUCGGUUAGAUCCUACUUCACAAUCUACGUACUCGUACGGGGGUGGUUCCUUUGGCGGCUCAGGCGCAAGCGGUGGGCUCCGUUGGUCCCUCGUCGAAACGCAGGGUGAGCCGCCCGUGCCGAGAGGAUACCACACUGCCAAUUUGGUAGGCAAUAUAAUGAUCGUGGUCGGAGGGAGUGAUGGGAGAGAAUGUUUUUCAGAUGUAUGGUGUUUACACCUUGAGACUCUUGUUUGGACCCGUCUUAAUCUCCCUCUCUCUCACCGACGGCUUUCGCAUACCUCUACACAAGUUGGAAGCUGCCUCUUCAUCGUGGGCGGACACGACGGUGGGGCGUAUAGAGACGAAGUUGUCUUGUUUAACCUUGUGAACCUCCAAUAUGAACCACGAACGGUGAAAGGUAAACCCCCUUCCGCGCGCGGAUACCAUGCGACGAUCCUUGCAGAUAGCAGACUGUUUGUCUUUGGAGGGUUCAAUGGUCAUGACGUUUUCGACGAUGUUCAUGUCCUUGAUCUUGCAGGCGCUGCAUAUCUACCACAGGUGAUGAGCUUCCGCAUUGAUGUGUGAGCGCCAUGCCCCGCCGAUUCCAUGGUGUUUCUCUUCAGGCACAUCUAUCCGAGUUUUCACUUAAGGCUAGCGAGCACUUUUCGCUUGUACCUGCUUUCUUGUGGCCGUUCGCUGAAGCCUUUGGCAAGCACGGUGCUAUUGAACUUUCAAAGCCAUCGAAGUUCUCUUUUCUCCAUCAUGCAAUAUUAUCAGCUCUUUUGAGGACCCUUUUCACAGUUUCAUCGCUCCGCUGUUUUCCAACAUUACUCACCUUUAUUGACUGACAUUUUGCACGUCUUUACUACCUUGCAAUCUCCAAAUCCCGAGUCACUAUUUACCAAUUCAUAGAGUACAUAUACCAUCACUUGCAAUUUGAUUUUGAUCCUUGUUUUCUCCUGA